UAACCUAUUUAUGUAGCUAGCUUCAUUAACGUAGCUAACGAUGCUGCCUGGUAGGAAGGCGUACGUUUAAAGAAGGGCGUUUAUUUUUCCGUAUUGAUGUUUGGUAGCUAGCAUUAAACGAUGGAGAUUCUGCAAGACAACGAGGAACAACAAAUGAAGUACAAACGCGGAGGUCGUUUGGACAUGAGCCACGGUUUUCUACACCAUAUUCGUCGUAACCAAAUUGCCAGAGAUGACUACGACAAGGAGGUGAAACAGGCCAAGGAACGUCAGCGGCGGAGACCCACUACCACCCCGAGACGACCGCGCCGGCCUGACAUUCAAGUGUACCACCCUCGGCGCCGGAACGGAUCAGAACCGGGCGCAGGCGCGGAAGCGGAGGAGUGGAACGAAAGCGGGUCGAGCACGGAACCGGAGCCCCCGGCCACAGAACUGUUCUGGCUGGACUACCAGGCCGACAGCGGCCGCCUCACCUCCUUCAUCGUUCACAAGGAGGACAAGCCGGAGAGGAUAGUGGACAGGGUGGCGGAGGAGAACGUUCUGGACUCCGGCAUGAGGAUGGUGCUGCAGGCCCGCGUUAAAGAGGAGAUGGACAAGAGGCGGGACAAACGCUGAGCCGAGAUCCCCUGAUUGGAGGAGAGAAGACCUGGGGCGGGCUGGGAUUGAGGGGUGGGAGCGUGAUCAGGAGCGGUGAAGAGUUGGGGGGAGGGGAGUGAAAGGGUGAAGUGAGAGAUGCCCCGUUUGUGGUUCUGCAGCAUCAUGCCCUCCUGUACACGGCGAUGUGACCGCUGCUGUGCAACAGCCAAUAGGGAACGAGGACUCUUGCAUGGAUGGAAACCGGAGGGCAGGCAUCCCUCUCAGGGAACACAAGCCCCACGAUACUUUCUCUUUUUCUUUCAUUGUUUUUUCUUUUUCUCCCUCCAUCCCUGGCACAUCCGUCCUUGGAGGGCUCGUGUCGCAUGGAGGUGUUGGUGUGAAGGAGAGGAUCUGCCUCGCUCCAGAACUCCCCUGGUGGUGGAGCGGUGGCUGCUCUGUGCCCUGAGGUGACCUCAUCGCCGGCAGCAGGCACAGAGGUCUGUCCGAAAGUCUUUGGACGUCUCCUGGGUGCAAAGAUUCUGUCCUGCCGUCCCCCCACCAGACCAGACCCCCCAACACCCUGCACUGAAAACUUCCCAGGAUCCUCUCUGAGCCAGACCCUUUCCAAACCACACAAGACCCAACGGUUGUCAUCGCUUUGGGUCGGUGCACCCUCAUCAACAGCCGUUGGGUGUAUUUGGCAUUUCGGUUUUUUUUUUUUAAUAAUUAUUUUUUUAUGAAACAUUGGUUUUUGAUUAUGUACUGUUGUUGUAUUUAGCUUUAUCACAUGUAUAUUACUUAAAGAAUUGAUUAAUUGUAGUUUGGAUAACUUUGCAUAAAAGGGAAUAAUGUUACUGAAAUAUAUACAGAUUUUCUCUCAAAAGGGGACAUUGCAGAUCUCCUGUUAAGGGACGAAAGGAAUGGUAGAACUUCUGUUCGUGGAUAGACAAGGACAGAGUUGGUCAGGUGACCAAUUAAUUUCAGCCUGGGGUGUCAGAAGAUGAAGCAAAGUGGUAAAUACAACCUAGAUCCAGUCUCCUAGGAAAUGUGAACAGUUUAUUCUUUUCUUUUCAUACAUUUAACUUUGAUUAGUAUAUUUACUGACAUGUUGCUAUGGUGUUGCUCUUGGUCUAACAAACCUUCUGAAUAUAGACAUUUACAUAAUUAAAAUAUCUUGAUUAUA